AUGAGAUUGCCAGUGAAGAUUGUUUGGCUUAUGUUAUGGGCUGUUUGUGUAGCACAAGAUUGUAAAGAACCUCCUCCAAGAAAAGAUUCAGAAAUUCUGACAGGUUCCUGGCUUGAUGAAACAUAUCCAGAAAAUACUCAGGCUUUAUAUAAAUGCCGCCCUGGAUUUAGAACUCUAGGAAGUAUUAUAAUGAUAUGCAAGCAUGGAAAAUGGGUGGCUCUUCAUCCAUCCAGGAUAUGUCGGAGAAAACCCUGUGGACAUCCUGGAGAUACUCCCUUUGGUUCUUUUCAGCUCACAGUAGGAACAGAGUUUGAGUAUGGAGCAAAGGUGGUUUAUACAUGUUCUGAGGGGUAUCAAUUGCUAGGAGCAAUUAAUUACCGUGAAUGUGAACCAGAAGGAUGGACCAAUAAUAUUCCUUUAUGUGGAGUUGUUAAGUGUUUUCCAGUAACAGAACCAAAGAAUGGGAGAGUUAUCAGUGGUGCACUGGAACCAGAUCAGGAAUACACUUAUGGCCAAGUGGUACAGUUUGAGUGUGAUUCACACUUCAUGCUAGUUGGGCCUAAAGAAAUUCAUUGUUCAGCAGAUGGUUCAUGGAGUGGAGAAAUACCAAAAUGUGUGGAAAUUUCCUGCAAUCUACCAGAAAUUAGCAAUGGAUAUCCUAUAUCUUCCAACAGAAUUUAUAAGGAAAAUGAGCGAUUUCAAUAUAAAUGUAACAAGGGUUUUGAACACAGUGAAAGAGGAGAUACAUCAUGCACUAAAUUUGGGUGGAGUCCAAGUCCUUCAUGUAAAGAAGUCAUAUGUAAUCCUCCUUACAUUGCAAAUGGUUUCUUCACACCUCAAAGGAUUACCCACAGAAAUGAAGAUGAAAUCCAGUACACGUGUAAAUAUGGCUUUUUACCUGCAGUAAGCGGAAAUAAGUCACGAUGUACUAGCAGUGGCUGGGUACCUACACCAAGAUGUUCCAUGAAGUGUGAUUUUCCAGCAAUAAAACACGGAUAUCUAUAUAAUGAAUAUGGUUAUCGACCAUACUUCCCAGCAGAGAUAGGAAAAUCUUUCUACUAUUACUGCCAUAACAGUUUUGCGACUCCUUCGGGUCACUCUGGGGGUUACAUAAAAUGCACAAGAGAAGGAUGGUCACCAAAAACUCCAUGCAUCAAAAAGUGCUAUUUCUAUGAAGUGGAAAGUGGAUAUGUUCCUUAUUCAAGAAAAUAUUAUUACUCAGAGGGUGAAUCCAUAAACGUUCAGUGCAAUCCUGGCCACAGUCUUCCGAAUGGACAUAGCAGCAUUAAAUGUACAGAGAAUGACUGGUACCCUCCUCCCAGAUGCAUACGUGUCAAAACAUGUUCAAAAGAAGACAUAAAUAUUGAGAAUGGAUUUAUUUCUGAAUCUCAGUAUAUAUAUGCUUUAAAUAAACAAACACAAUAUAAGUGUAAAGAAGGAUAUGUAACAGCAGAUGGUAAUAAAUCAGGAUCUAUUACAUGCUUGGAAAAUGGAUGGUCAACUCAACCUAAAUGUAUUAAAUCUUGUGAUAUGCCAUUAUUUGAGAAUGCCAGAGCCAAAGUUAAUAGCACAUGGUUUAAGCUCAGUGACGAGCUGGACUAUGAAUGCAGUGAUGGCUAUGAAAACACAGGCGGAAGCACCACAGGCUCCAUAGUAUGUGGUGAUGAUGGUUGGUCUGACACACCCACGUGCUAUGAAAGAGAAUGCGGUGUUCCUAAUAUACCACAAAAUGUAGAAGCUUGGCCCAAGAAAGACAAAUAUAAAGUUGGAGAUGUACUGAGUUUCUCUUGCAGACAGAAAUAUCCACUAAUUGGACCAAAUUCAAUUCAGUGCUACCACUUUGGAUGGUCUCCUAAACAUCCACCAAGAUGUAGAGGGAAAGUAAAGUCUUGUGGUCCACCUCCUCAGCUCUCCAAUGGGAUAGUUAAGGAAGAAAAGAAAGAAAAAUAUGAACACAAUGAAGUGGUGGAAUAUGGUUGCAAUCCCAGAUUCCUGUUAAAGGGAUCUAAGAAAAUUCAAUGUGUUGAUGGAGAAUGGACAACUCUGCCUAUAUGUGUUGAGGAAGCCAGUACAUGUGGAGAAAUGCCGACACUCCAGAAUGGCUAUAGUUUGCCCUCUGACCCUCCCUAUCACCAUGGAGAAUCAGUGGAGUUCAGUUGCGCAGAAUCAUUUACGAUGGUUGGACACAGAUCAGUUACGUGUGUUCGUGGAACAUGGACCCAACUUCCUCAGUGUGUUGCCACAGAACAACUUAAAAAGUGUCUUUUAUCAAGGACACGUAAAUUUGAAUCAAUCAUACCAGAUCAGACUGAAUUUGAUCAUAACAAAACAGUAAGUUACAAAUGCAGAGAUAAAGCAGAAUUCAAACAAUCAACCUGCAUGAAUGGAAGGUGGGAUCCCCCACUAAACUGCACAGCACAAAAAAAAUUUUGCCCACCUCCACCUCAAAUUCCUAAUUCUGAAAGCAUGACAGUGACAGUGAAUUAUCAGGAUGGAGAAAAAAUAUCUAUUCUCUGCAAAGAAAAUUACAUAAUUCAGGAAGCAGAUGAAAUCAUGUGCAAAGAUGGAAGAUGGCAGUCAAUACCACGUUGUGUCGAAAAACUCCCCUGUUCUUCACCACCUCCUAUUGAACAUGGAACAAUUAACUCAUCUAGAUCUUUAGAAGAAAGGAAAGAAACAUCCAAACCCAGUAGCUACCCACAUGGCACUAAAAUAACUUAUGUCUGUGAAGAGGGGUUCAUGCACUCUGACGAUGGUGGUAUAACAUGCUACAUGGGAAAAUGGAGUUCGCCACCUCAGUGUGAAGGAUUGCCUUGUAAGCCACCACCUUCAAUUUUUCACGGUGUUGUAUCUCAUGAGUCAGACACCUACCAACAUGGAGAAGAAGUGACAUACAACUGUACUCACGGUUUUGGCAUCGAUGGACCUGAAUCUAUAAAAUGUUUUGCAGGAAAAUGGCCUCCCCCACCAGUGUGCAAAAAUACAGAUUGCUUUAAAUUACCCACAUUUCCUAAUGCUAUACUCAAAAACCCGAAGAAAGAAUCAUAUAAGUCAGGAGAACAAGUGGAGUAUGAAUGUGAAAAAAGUUUCCAAUUAGAGGGCUCAAAUAUUGUAAAGUGUUUCAAGAGCAAAUGGGUAGGAAGUCCAAUAUGCAAAGAUAUUUCCUGUGGGAAUCCACCCAUAGUGAAAAAUGCUAAAAUUAUCUCAGAACAGAUGACUAGGUAUCCACAUGAAGAGAGAGUACGUUAUGAAUGUAAUGAGACUUACUACCUGUAUGGAGAGUCAGAAGUUAUGUGUAUGAGUGGAACCUGGACAGAACCACCUCAGUGCAAAGAUUCUGAGGGAAAAUGUGAGCCCCCUCCAGCUAUUGAAAAUGGGGACUUGACUUCAUUCCCAGCACCUGUAUAUGCUCAAGGAACAUCAGUGGAGUACCAGUGCCAGGCCUUCUAUGAACUUCAGGGUAACAGACAUAUAACAUGUGUGAAUGGAGAGUGGUCAGAACCACCAAAAUGCUUAGAUGCAUGUAUAAUAUCUGAAGAAGAGAUGGAAAAAUAUAAAAUACAGUUAAAAUGGAAAUAUGACAGAAAACUCUAUUCUAGAUCAUCUGAUACUGUUGAAUUUAAAUGUAAAUGGCCAUAUAGGGAAAUGACACCCAGACACACUUUUCGAGCAACUUGCCGUGAAGGGAAGCUGGAGUAUCCCCGUUGUGGAUAA